CAUGUUAGAAUAUUGAAGAAGUCCAAGAACCACCUCCCUUUAAUUGACUUCCAGAGCUCGUUCUGCUCCUCUAAGCUAACUUGGACACUUGCUGUACCGCGGCACCCGGAAGAGAACAGAAAAUGUAAAUCACGCGUCAUCGAUCAUGCUAACGGAUGCCGCUUCAUGGCCAACAGCAGAUCAUCUCCAUCUAUUAAAGGUUUUUUUUUUCAGAUCUAUGAUUCUGCUAUAGGAGGUGCCCAGCUUCUCUCGGGCCGACUUUGCUAUAAAACCUAACGCGUCUUGACCAUUUUUCCUCAUCCCCCUUCGUUCUCACAACAUCGAGUCACUGUCAUUCUUUUGAAAAACCCAAUCCUUCUCAAUGCCUUCCUUUAGCACCAUCCUCUCCUACGCCGCCCUUGGGCUCGCUGCCUUUGCCAGCGUCCAGGCUGCUCCUGCCCCCGUGCUUGAGACCAGCUUAGCCGUUCGCACUCUCGACGCGCGCUGUGGAUGCACUCCCCUGCCCCAGCUCGUUAACAACUUGAUCACCGACCUGACCGUCGUCCUCGAGCCCGUUCAGUACGUCACCUCAGGGAACUGCACUGCAGAUGUCCUUGAGCCUAUCCUUGAGGACGUCAUCAACAUCCUCGAGGUGGCCCUCACUGAUGUCCAGGCUCUCGUCGGCUUGACCAUUGACGUCGUUCUGUCCACCGGCAGUGGUGUGCUCUCCGUCGUUGACCUUUGCGGCCUCCUAACGACUCUCAUCAACCUCGUUUGUGGUGUUGUCGCUCUCGUCAUCAAACUCGUUGCCGUUGUCGACAAAGAAGUUGUCUGCAACCUUCUGGGACAAAUAGUCGUCCUCCUCUGCAAGAUCCUCGCAGUUGUUGUUGGUCUCGUUGACGGUGUUCUGGCGCUUCUUGUGACCCUCCUAAGUAAUGUUGUUCUCCCCCUCAUUCUCAACCUUAGCUUGGGUGUUGUUUUGAAGGACGUCUGUGGCAUCCUUGGCCUCGUCCUUUAAAUCACCCUACUUCAAAGGAGAUAGCCAUAGUGUCUUUUUCCAAUGGUUGUCUUUGACACCAGUACAGUUUCACUAUAAUUUAUCUACGAGCUUCCUAUAGACCAAUUAUUAAAUUGCAUAAUAGAGUUACUCACCGUCUCUUAUCCGGCUUCUGAUCAAGAUGACGGUACAACAGCAGGGAUACUUUUGUACAUUAUGA